AUGCUGCCGUUCCGCGCGCCGAGUGGCGCGGGGCCGCGAGGGACGGCGCGCGACGCGUCAGGACAGCGCGCGCGCCUGGCUUCCGGCCGGCGCAUCGUAUCACAGGGUCUCGCCAAGACUCAGCAGCGUGCGGCCGAGCUGGGGCCCAGCUCGGUGUCUGCGCUCCAGGUGGACAACACGAGCUUUGAGGAGUGGAUGAAGAUGGCGACAGACAACAAAAUCAAUGCGACCAACACAUGGAACUUUGCGCUGAUCGACUACUUCCACGACAUGUCGCUCCUGCGCUCCGAGUCGGGCGACGGCUCGAUCAACUUCCAAAAGGCUUCAUGCACGCUCGACGGGUGCGUCAAGGUCUGGACGAGCCGCGUGGAUAGCGUCAUGGCGGAAACGGGGCGCCUGCUGAGUGGACUGCAGGACGAGAACGAGAACCUCGCGCAGAAAGAGGGAGGCGCUCAGGACGACGCGGCGUCGGACGAAGGUGAGGGCGAUGACGAGGAGGGCGCACGCACGACACGGAAGCGCACACGCGCGCGUGAGGCGACACUCGCCAAGAGCUUUGCACAGCUGCAGGCGAAGCGCUUCGACCUCGAGUUCACCGUCGAUCCUCUCUUUAAAAAGACGAGCGCCGACUUUGACGAGGGCGGCGCGGGCGGACUGCUGAUGAACCACUUGCAUGUGGACAACAACAUGAAGGUGGUGUUUGAUGCGUCGGAUGUCACGGGCGAUGCGGGUGAAGGGGGCGAAGGAGGCGGCGAGGCGCAGGGAGAGGCCGAGGCAAGCACACCGACUCCCAACGGCGAUGCGAGCCAUGCCGAGGCCAGCAUGAGCGCAGCCGACACUUCUGCAGCCGACACUUCUGCAGCCGACACUUCUGCAGCCGACACUUCUGCAGCCGACACUUCUGCAGCCGACACUUCUGCAGCCGAUACCUCGGCCAACUCUCCAGCCGAUUCCCGCGCCGACAUGUCGGUCGACUCUACUACUCCUGACCCUACCUCUUCUGACACGCCGCUUCCGCUCGACCUCGAGCCUCUGCGUGCAACCCUGCAGGCGGCCGACGCAGGCGCGCCGCUCGAGUCGGUGCUUGCAUCACGCAUCCUAUGCCCCUCGCUUGCCUCUUUUACCUUUUCGGACGGCAACGAGGCCGAGCUUCCUCUUCUCCAGGACCUCGAGGAACAAGAGGCGAUGAUGGACCUGCCCGAUCUCGAUAUGGCGAUGGACACCGACGACCAGUACGACCCCCCCGAACUGGACUUUUUCGAAGGGCCCGAUGCGAUCGGAGCCGACGACGAGCGCGACUUUGACGUGGCGUUUGCACACCCCACCGACGAGUCUGCGCCUACGCCCAGCACGCAAGGCGGCCACGACGUGCUCUUUGACUACUUUGACAACCGCAUGAAGAAAAACUGGGCGGGCCCCGAGCACUGGAAGAUGAGCCGCCUGAACCUUGCGAGUGCGCAGCGCGAGCGCCGUGCCGAGAGUGCGGCGCCCGAAAGCGAGCGCCCCCGGCGCCGCAAAGAGGCGCAGACGAUCGACUUCUUUGCCGAGGACGCCAAGCCAAUGAAAGAGCUCUUUGCGCCGAGCGCGACGCCCGCGUCGAUCUCGAUGACCAAGGCGGCCAAGGCGGAUACGUCUGCGCACCUCCUCCCCGAGGACCAGCACUUUAACUCGAAGCGCCUCUUGCGCCUCUUUUUGAAGCCCAAGGCCACGAUUUUGCUUCAGCAGAAGCGUGCGGCCGCCCACGACGACGUCGAAGACGCGUGGGCAAACGAAGAGAACGACUUUGUGCCGGACCUGUUCCAGGACGUGCACCCCUACGAGGAUGUACUGCCUGCCGCGCCAUUUGAUGCCCCGCCCGAGCUCGAUGGGUUUGCCGACGAGAGCGACGACGAGAUCCUCCGGAGCGACGCCCUGCGCCGCGUGCGGCCCGAGUACGUCGAGCACGCGAAGCGCGCCAAGCAGAUCGACGUGAAGCGCCUCAAGGACAACAUCUGGCAGAACAUGGACGUGGCGCCCGCUGAACCGACGCCCUUUGGCAACGUGCUCAGCACGCUGCACACGGUCUAUCCGAAACAAAAGCUCGAAGAGAUUAGCACCUCGUUCUGCUUCAUCUGCCUCUUGCACCUCGCGAACGAAGAGGGCCUCGCGCUCGCGGUCCCUGGUGGCGAGGACGACGACGCGCUUGGCGCGCCGGACGACGACGCGCACGUCGGCCGCAUCGACCUUUUGCAAGUGCGCCGCGACCCGGCUUUGGCCAGUGCCUCGUAG